AUGCAGUAUGACCAUGGCAACAGCGCCCGUGGUCACGAAGGUGUUUUUGUCAUGAACAGCAAGCCCAAUUCAAGAGGCAUCGCUGCAACCAUAAGUGAGCCGCACCAACUCAUCAACAACCAGUCCCACGUUGCCACCGCCAUGGAAUUAGAGCACACCAUCGGCUUCUCAGCGGUACCAAAUGCUAUCCACUACCAUCCGUCAAGUCGAGAUUACGUGUAUCCUGCCGGUGGAUCGGUGUUGUUGACAUCCUUUCAAGACGCACAUAGCCAACUUUUCCUUCGUGGACAUGGCGAUAAUGUAUCGUGCAUCGCGAUGUCCCCUUCAGGACGAAUUCUAGCUUCGGGUGAGCGUGGCAGGCGAGCAGACAUCCUCGUUUGGGACUAUUCGGCUAGAAGACUCGUCUUCAGACUGUCAGAGCACGACGGAGGUGUCGCUGCUCUUGCAUUCUCGCACGAUGAGCGACUGCUGUGCUCUGUGGGGAUACCAGAAGACGGGCCACGGCUGUACGUUUGGGACGUCCUGACUGGUAACAUCUGCGCUACGCACCAAAAGAUGUCAAACAUCGUCUCUGCUGCGGCAUUCGGAGGUAUGGCGCGCGACGUAAAGCGCCGUGAUACUGCCAACUACCAAUUCGCUACGGUGGGACAUCGCUUACUGCAGCUCUGGGUCCUCAAUCCAGUCACAGGAGAGCUCACGCAGCACAAGAUCGAGCAGACACUCGUUCGAGAUUACACUUGUGUGCAGUUCUCGCCUGACCGCGAGACUCUGGUGGCUGGAAGCUCUAGCGGCGAUUUUUGUGUUGUCGCAGUGAAGACUCGACAGCUAAUCAAGGUGAUUCCAGCUUGUUCCUGCGGUGUCAAUUCCAUUGUGUACUUCGACGGUGGAGUGCUCGUGGGCGGUGGAGACGGUAGUGUUCUGCACUAUGGCCACGACUUCGUUGAUACCUGCCACGUCGCACUUGACAGCGGUGUCGUCGGCUUGUCCCUCAACACAGCUCAGAACGAAGCUGUAGUUGGUACUCAAGCUGGAAGUAUCUUUUCGAUUCGACUUGCAUUUGGCACGUCGCAACGCAGCCUGCAGCCUAAAUUACUGUCCGAAAACCACUCGAGCGCAGUCGUGCAGAUAGCGUACGCCCCGGACGUGUCCGACCGCUUCGCUACGAUCUCUCGAGACUGCACCAUUCGCAUCUGGGACGCCUCGGACUACACUGUCGCUACGCGCUGCUUCGUCGGUGAUGCUGACGCUCCGACAUCCCUCCAUUAUUCGCUGGACGUGCUCAUUUCAGGCUGGACUGACGGGUGUAUUCGAUCCCAUAGCAGCGAUUCUGGGGAGUUUGCCUGGUCCAUCGAUAACGCUCACACCGGUGGGGUCACUGCACUUGUGUUAAGCCACAAUCAGCGCUUCAUAGUGUCUGCUGGAGUAGGAGGUGAAGUGCGUGUGUGGGAUAUCCGCAGGCGUGACCUGGUUUCACACCUCAAGGAGCACUCCAUGGCAGUCACGAGUCUGGCCUUAUAUCGCGAUGACCUGCAUGUAAUUUCUUGCAGUCGAGAUCGCAGUCUGCUCUGCUGGGAUCUUCGCAAUGAGCGCAGGAUUUCAAGUCACAUCCAGCGCAUGGGCGGCAUCAAUACAGUAGCGCUGUCUGCAGACCAGCGUCUUGUUCUGAGUGCUGGUCAGGAGAAACGUAUAUCGUACUGGGACCUGCGCAUUGACACACCAGUAACAGUGAUCCAGAAGGCCCACGACGAAGAAGCCACCUGUAUCGCUGUGGCCCAUAACCUGGAGGUCUUCGCUACUGGCGGUAACGAUCGACUGGUGAAACUAUGGGACUUUAACACCAACCAAUUGAUCAUGGACGGUGUUGGUCACUCUGGAAAUGUUCGCGGUCUAGCCUUCAGUCCGGAUGACCGGCAACUCGUCUCUGUCGGUGAUGACGGCUGCGUGUUCGUCUGGAACCUGUACACAGAGUAG